UUUUUUCGUAAUUACACUUUACCUCGGGGAAUAUUAGAAAAAUAACAAUCGACCUGUUCUUUUUGCUGAUUGGUCCAAAACUCAUAAAAAAUUUUACCUUUCGCUUUUGUCUCGUAACCAAAAAGUCACAUUUUCUAGGUCAAAGAAAUUAGUAUAAAUCAUAAGUGCAAUCUAAAAUGGCCCAAAUAUCACUAUCACCAGAUAAGGACAAUUUAGUCAAUUCACUCCACUCACAUCUGCCUGCCAUUAAACUCAGUCUGCCUCUGUCACCAUUCAUGUGUCCCGAUUCCAAAAUGCGCACCCGACCCGGUACAGUGGCACAUCACGUAAAUUACACAUCUGUCCAUGGGCAUUUUCGUCAAUUCAAAUUCCCCAUCAAAAAGAUUAAUUUAAUAAUUAAUCUGGCUGACUGAUAAUUACUCAACAAGAUAAAAUGAGCUAUAAUCUUAAUUUAUCAUUUAAUUUGAUUUAAUUAAUGUCACGUUAUCAAUACAAGAUUUCCGAUACUAGAUACACUAUUUAUGCUGAGCUGUUAAUUAUGAUUCUAAAUAAAGAAAUUAUCUAAAUAUUAGUAGGUAGCAAAUUUAGCCAGUUAAUUCUGCUUAAGCAUAUUUCUUAAUUUAGCCGACAUAUUAUAUUCGUGUUUAUUAUUUGUUUAUUUGGACUGGUUUCUCUCUCUGAAGCUUCGAAUCUAAGAAGAGUGUUUAUAACGAUGGUGACACCUACCGCACAGGAUCGCACCUCCUUCUUCUUCUCCUCCUCUUCUUCCUCCUCUGCUCCAACAAUGCGCGCUUAGGUUAAACUGUGCGUUCGCGAAUCAGCACUUUAAUACUCAACUGUAUACUCAUUACUCACCGUACACCAGCGCAAUGGAGGGGCGAGUAGCCGCCAGCUCUCUGUUCUUCACUCAGCUUGUGGUGAUCGCGGCGGCGAUUUUCAGUUUACGCGCCGUCGUUGAUGCUGCUACCGAUCCUUCUGACGUUCAAGGGCUACAAGUUUUGUACACGUCUUUGAAUAGUCCUUCACAGCUAACAGGCUGGAAAUCGAGUGGUGGCGAUCCAUGUGGAGAAUCAUGGAAGGGUAUCACUUGUCAAGGUUCUUCAGUUGUCUCUAUCCAGAUAUCUGGUUUGGGAAUCACUGGUUCAAUGGGAUACUUGCUCAGCAACCUUGCAUCACUCAAGACAUUGGAUAUGAGUAACAAUAACAUUCACGAUUCGAUUCCAUAUCAGUUGCCGCCAAAUCUUACGAGCCUAAACCUUGCGGGCAACAAUUUUACUGGGAACAUUCCUUACUCGAUAGCUACUAUGGGCUCACUUAAUUAUCUGAACAUCAGCCGAAACAUGUUAUCUCAGGGAAUUGGAGAUAUGUUUGCCAAUCAUUCUGCACUAGCAACUUUGGAUCUAUCAUCAAACAGUUUUACUGGGGAUUUGCCACCGUCCUUCACAUCUUUGUCCAAUCUUUCAACUCUUCAAGUACAGAACAAUCAACUUACAGGCUCUCUCAACGUCCUCGUCGGUUUGCCUUUGACAAAUUUAAAUGUUGCAAACAACCACUUCAGCGGGUGGAUCCCACAAGAACUAAUUUCCAUACCCAAUUUCAAAAAUGAUGGAAACACAUUUGCCAAUGGCCCCGCCCCUCCUCCACCACCAUAUACCUCACCGCCACCUGGCAGAUCUCGUAAUAGCAGUAGGCAAGCUCCUCCGAGUGGUCAUACACCUGACUCCAAUGUCAAUAGAAAUUCUCAUAGUGAAGACAAGAAUGUAUUGACAACAGGGCCUAUAGUAGGCAUAGUUAUAGGAGCUCUGUUUGUAGUAAUCUUGUUGCUGUUCGCACUAUUUUUUUGCCUUAGAAGGAAAAACAAGAAGGAAGUUGCUGCACGACCCUCUACAGGAAGACUUCCUGUUAUCACCGAAAAAGUGGAUUUGGAGAUGCAAGAGCAAAGGCCAAAGCCUGCAACUAGUGCACUUGAUUUAAAACCACCACCUGCCGAAAAUGUAACUGUGGAAAGAUUACAAGGGAAAAACGGAUCUAUAAGGAGAAUGAAGUCUCCAAUAACCGCUACUUCUUACACUGUCGCUUCUCUUCAGACAGCAACCAAUAGCUUUAGCCAAGAGAAUCUUGUCGGUGAAGGCUCCCUUGGUCGUGUUUAUAGAUCAGAGUUCUCCAAUGGGAAGAUUAUGGCAAUAAAAAAGGUGGACAAUGCAGCGGUGUCAUUACAGGAGGAAGAUAAUUUCCUCGAAGUCAUUUCGAAUAUGUCUCGAUUGAGACAUCCAAAUAUCGUGGCACUGGCUGGAUACUGUGCCGAGCAUGGUCAACGCCUCCUUGUUCACGAUUACAUUGGAAAUGGUAGCUUGCAUGAUAUGCUGCACUUUGCCGACGAGAGAAGCAAAAUGCUGACGUGGAAUGCACGUGUUAGGGUGGCACUCGGCACUGCUCGAGCUUUGGAGUACUUGCACGAAGUGUGUUUGCCUUCCGUUGUACAUAGAAACUUAAAGUCGGCAAACAUUUUACUUGAUGAAGAUCUCAAUCCCCACCUUUCAGACUCUGGACUAGCUGCUUUGGCACCUAACACUGAACGACAGGUAUCAUCAACACAGAUGAUAGGCUCAUUUGGCUACAGUGCACCUGAAUUCGCCUUGUCUGGAAUAUACACUGUAAAAAGCGAUGUAUACAGCUUUGGUGUGGUUAUGCUGGAGCUUCUCACUGGACGGAAACCACUCGAUAGUUCGAGAGCGAGAUCGGAACAGUCACUUGUGAGAUGGGCCAGUCCUCAACUCCACGAUAUCGAUGCUUUAGCAAAGAUGGUGGACCCCACCCUAGACGGCAUGUAUCCUGCAAAGUCUUUGAGCCGUUUUGCUGACAUUAUUGCCCUCUGUGUCCAGCCUGAACCGGAAUUUCGACCACCGAUGUCUGAAGUAGUACAAGCGUUGGUCCGUUUGAUGCAAAGGGCGAGUGUUGUAAAAAGACGAUCGAACGAGGAAUCGGGUUUUGCAUUCAAGACUCAAGAUCAUGAAGCAGGUGACAUGUUGUAAUAAUAAUAAUAGCAGGUGUAUCCAAUUCCAGGCUUAAUUUGGUCACUGGCCUUUGCAAUUUUUGCAUGUACACAAUUGUGCAAAGGUAAACAAACAAUCCCGGCUAUAAAAACAAAAAGAAUUGAAGGCAAAAAAAUGAUACGUUCAUAAUAAUUAAAACGAAUGCGAAAGAAAUGUAAUUACGUUGAUUACUACUACGUGAGAAAGUUACUAAUCGUUUACUAUUUGAGGUAUCUAAUUUUACUGUCGAUUAUUUCAU